GAGUCGAGUGCGUAAAAGAAUCAUGCAUCAUUUUCCAAUCAAGCUAACAGUAAAAAAGUAAUACAAAGCCCUCUGCCGUGCCGCCAUUGCAACAUCUGGCAUAAAACCUCGAGCGUCCUCCAAAUUCUUCAACCACGUUUCUCUCCCAGCGUGUGCAUGUUGCUUUGGCGAGUUGGAGGUUGGUUGCCUAAUGAUCGGAAUACUGUUGAUUAGUAAGAAUCGACGGUGGUAGGAUACGCGUGCUCCGAGUACCGGUAGGAUAGUGCUUAACAGCAAUGGGUCAUGAAAUUCAGUAUAUAUUGGAAAGCAAGAGAUUAGUGUGGCUAGUGGCAGUGGUAUUUGCUGUGGUUAUAUUGUUCCAGUACUUUGAAUUUCCAUAUGGUGAUGUUGCAUCGUCCUUAUUUUCUGCCGGCAGGGCUCAACCACCGGUAAGUGGAAGCUACCCACCUCAAGCUUCGCCUCAAAUUCCAAAACCAUUAGGUAACAUUACCCGAUUUGAUGGCUCUAAUUAUACAAGGCCUGUUGAUGAGAUGGUUGAUAAUGCUAUAGACAAGGGUAAUGAUGUAGGCAUUGAAAAUGAUUUUGAAUCAGAAAGGGAUGGAGAUACAGAUGAAUUCACAAGAACAGAUGAUGGUCAUGGUGUCUCUGGAGAUCAGAUAGAAGAAAUCGAAGGUUUGGCACCUGAGAAGGUCAGACAAUUUAAUGGGGACUUGUCUACCAAUAAUGUUAACAGCUCAACCUUACAAGAAAAGGUUACAGGUGCUGCAAGUCCAAUUACUCCGUUUCUAUUAUCACCAGCAAGUUCACCGGAUUCUUUAACAUCCAAAACAACAGUUGAUGCUACAGCGAUUGCUCCUUCAACAGCUUUGGAUAACAGCACAUCCAAACCAAACAUAGUUUCACCAAAUUCAGCCCCCAACUUCAAGGAGCCUGUGACAUCACUGAAGAACCCUAAUCUGCCAGCUAAUGAUUCAUCUAUGAAGGAAGUUCCUCUGGUGAAAGAAAAUCAUGAGACGCCAAUGGGGGACGUAGUGACAGUCUCGGAUAUGCAUGACAUUUUACUUCAUAAUCGUGCUUCAGUUCGUUCUAUGAAACCACUUUGGUCUUCAAUGGUUGAUCAAGAAUUACUAGAUGCAAAAUUACAGAUUGAGAAUGCUCCAGCCAAUGACAAUGACCAUGCACUUUAUCCUCCUCUGUAUCGUAAUGUUUCAAGGUUUAAGAGGAGCUAUGAAUUGAUGGAAAAGACUCUCAAGGUUUACGUUUACAAGGAGGGCGCAAAACCCAUAUUCCACCAGCCACAGGUGGUACUUAGCGGAAUUUAUGCAUCUGAAGGAUGGUUCAUGAAGCAUAUGAAAGAAAACAAACAUUUUGUUACCAAUAACCCCAAACAAGCCCAUCUAUUUUAUAUUCCUUUUAGCUCUCGGAUGUUGGAAGAAAAGUUAUACGUGGUCGGGUCUGGCAGUCGUGACAACUUGGUACAGCACUUGAAGGACUACAUUCACUUGAUAGCGGAGAGAUACGAUUCCUGGAACAGAACUGGUGGGUCAGAUCAUUUUCUUGUUGCUUGUCAUGACUGGGCGACAGACGAAACAAAAAAAUCUAUGAAUAGUUGCAUAAGGGCUCUAUGCAAUUCGGAUGUCAAAAAAGAAGGUUUUGAAUUAGGAAAAGACGUAUCCCUCCCUGAAACAUACGUUCGCUCCCCUCAAAACCCGUUACGUGAACUUGGAGGCAAACCCCCUUCCCAACGCUCGUUUCUUGCUUUCUUUGCAGGCCAAAUGCACGGCGAUGUCCGCAGAAUUCUCUUGCACUAUUGGGAAAACAAAGAUCCCGACAUGAAAAUAUUUGGGAAACUAAAGAAAUCUAAAAACAACAGAAAUUAUAUCCAAUACAUGAAGAGUAGCAAAUACUGUAUUUGUGCUAAAGGCUAUGAAGUCAACAGUCCUAGAGUUGUGGAAGCCAUUUUCCACGAAUGCGUUCCGGUCAUCAUUUCUGACAACUUCGUCCCACCGUUCUUCGAGAUCCUGAACUGGGAGUCGUUUGCGGUUUUCGUUCUGGAGAAAGAUAUCCCGAAUUUAAAGAAGAUUCUUGUCUCGAUAUCGGAAAGGAGGUAUCUGGUGAUGCAACAGAGAGUUAAGAAGGUACAACAACAUUUUCUAUGGCAUGUUAAGCCUGUUAAGUAUGAUAUUUUCCAUAUGAUAUUGCACUCAAUAUGGUACAAUCGAGUUUUUAGAGUAGACCCCAUUAAUUAGUUAGAGUGAAAUAAAGCUUUAUGAAUCUUUGUGACCGCAUUUAGUUGAUGUGAAUAGAGAUUUUUUUUACCAAUUUCGGAAUAA